AUGUCUGCCGACUCGCAAACGAUGAUCAGGUGGGAAACCGCACAAGACGGUUUGGACAAGUUGACCAAAUCCACCUGUCCAAUUCCCGUACCGGGUGAGGAUGAAGUGCUUGUCGAAGUUCGUGCAGUGUCUCUGAAUUAUCGAGAUACUGAAGUGGCCAUGGGCCUUUAUACUCACCAUAAAGCCGUUGGGGCGAGCCCAAAAGUCGUACCCUGCUCAGAUAUGUGCGGUAUUGUGGUUGGGAUCGGGAAUUCCAAGCAUGGCAUAUGGAACAUCGGAGACCGUGUCCUGUCCAUUUUCUGCCAGACACAUCUCACCGGCCAGAUCAAAGAGAAGGACAUGGCCUUUGGUCUUGGGCUGCCUCUUGACGGUGUACUCCAGCAAUAUAGAGUCUUUCCAGCGACGGGCUUGGUCAAAGCCCCUGAUUACCUCAAUGAUGAGGAAGCAUCCACUCUCCCUAUUGCAGCAGUCACAGCAUGGAUGUCUAUCAAUGAAAUGAGACCCAUCAAUCAUCCAGCAAUUGUAACUUCCUCCUCGGAUGCCAAACUUGCUCGGGCCAAGGCAUUGGGAGCGACAUUCACGAUCAACUAUCGCAAGGAUCCAGACUGGCAGAAUACCGUGAUGGACUUGACCGAGAACGAGGGUGCCGACAUCAUAUUUGAGACGGGAGGCGCACAUACUCUAAGGAAAUCAUUCGACUGUGUUGCAUUUGGGGGUCUCAUCGAUUGCAUUGGUUAUCUAAGUGGGAAGCAAGACGAACCUACCGAUCGCACCAAUACCAACGUCCUUGCGUUGCGGCGCAAUGUCACGCUGAAAGGAAUCCUCAACGGGCCCAAGGACAGGUUUGAAGAAAUGAUGCGCUUCUAUGAUGCGAAGAAGAUCAGACCUGUGGUCGACAAAAGUUUCCCCUUUGACGAAGCCAAAGAAGCCUUCCAGUAUCUAUUUGGAGGGGGACACUUUGGCAAGGUUGUUAUACGGAACCUUCGAGGGCUGAACGUCCUGGUCCGAACGCUGGCCAAUCUUGCCGCGAAUGUCGGCGUCGCAAAGGACGUUGCGAUGGCAGGAUGCCAGCACCUGACAGAGGUUGAAGAGCGCCUGGAGAAAGCAGAAGCUCUAUUGAGGACAUUUUUUACAGAGGCUGAAUUGUCGCAAAUGCUUGUUCAUGGCAUCACCAACAAACUGGACGUCCCAUCCAAAGCUGCGACCGAAUCGUCUUCCCAGGCGACUACAUCAGGCUUCCUCCCUUCUCCAGCGCAAGGCUCGGCGCAGCGCCAACAGGAGCGUACAGAGUCUUUCUCGACGAUUGGGGCAGGUUCGGAUCAGAAAGUCAACCUAAGUCACCUCGAGUCCCCUGCUGAUUCAAAAGGCGAUGUGGCCGACGACACUCCUUAUCCCCUCGAAAACCCCCCAGCAGCUGACGACGAUUUUGAAUGGGAUGAACGGGAAUCUUCGUGGAAUAUUGCGGAUUCCGGUGCCGGCCGUUCAGCAUUUGGGGAUGAUGUCGAGUCUGAGAUCCCCAAAAUCACCGACGGAAUGGCCACAUUGACUGCUGACGACUCGAAUGCUGGCUUUCUCGGAUCCGUCUCGGGCUCUGCUCUCUUACGGCUCAUUUGGAGGGGUACCGGCACCGGAAACAAGGCAGAUACAAAGAGUGAACGACGGGAAAGUCUGGAGCAACUCUUCAGCCAUCGCUCGAAUGAGUACCCGGCAACCACUACCCCCUGGCUGCGGGCACAGCCUCUGUUCACCCGGGCGGUGGUUGAUACACUCAUCGAUGCCUAUUUUGCUCUCUACCACCCAACCUUUCCCAUCCUCCAUGAAGCUACUUUCCGCGAACAGUACGCGAAGCUCAACAGCCGCACCAUGGGAAGCACAUGGCACACCCUGGCGAAUCUCGUCGCGGCUCUUGGCUCCUUUGUCUCGAGUACUUCCUCGGAUGAUACCCACGUCACUCUUUUCAACGGCGUGAAAGCGAAUUUGUCCAUCAACUCGCUAGAGACUGGAAGUCUGAGUCUGGUCCAGGCGUUUGCCAUGGCUGCAAAUUACCUGCAAAAACGAAACAGACCCAACAGUGGCUACAACUACGGAGGCAUUGCGCUGCGGCUCGCCAUCUCGCUGGGCCUCCACAAGGAGUUUCGUGGAUGGCAGACUGCGCCGUUCAAGAAGGAGAUCCGGAGGAGAGUUUGGUGGUCGCUCUGUGUGCUGGAUGUCGGCGCAACCGUGACUUAUGGCAGACCAUUGAACUGGCCACAAGUAGGAGUCGAUAUCCCGUUUCCGCUGAAUAUCCACGAGAAGGAUCUCCAAAUGGACUCUACAUCUUGCCCACCCGAGGUCAAUGAGGCCACAAUCUACACAUACGUCCGAACUCAGUCAUCCUACCAUCUCCACACCAUCAGAAUCUACAAUCGACUCAUUUCUAAUCCCAUUCCUUCUGCCGCUGAGCUGAUCUCCCUCGAUGAUGAGCUCAUCGACGGCUGGCUAAGUAGCCUUCCUCCCUAUUUCCGCGACGACAACUUACCACUUCCCAACGAGUAUCUCCUGGGUCAUGCCAUCAGCCGCUGGCGCUUCCGAAUCAUGCGCAUCAUCAUGUACCGCCCGUUCCUGAUUCGAUCGGCACAAGACGGCUUGGACGGCACGACAGUAGCCGCUGUCCCACCGGCGCAGAACGCCUCUGCUGAAACAAUUGCCACCAAUCGGUGCUUCAAGGCCGCUGAGGAGUGCAUUUCGGCCAUUUUCCAGUUUUGGUCAUCGGGAACUCACACCAGGCUUGCGGCUUGGUAUGUCCUAUAUUUCCUGCUCCAAGCGGCGUUGAUUCCGAUCCACUGUCUGCGACGCAACCCAAAUCACCCGGAUGCCAGCUCAUGGCGGGAUCAAGUCCUGACGGCUCUGAGCAUAAUCAACGCAAUGAACGACCUAAACCCAAGCGCUCCAAAGUGUCGUGAUAUCAUUUUCCGACUCUGUGGAGAGAGUCUGGACUACAAACCCCGGCCGCAGUCCCAACAGCCUCGUCCGCCAUCCAAUGUGCAGACCCAACAAGAUACGGGUGCCUCGUGGACAAACUUUCCAAACACGGGAGCCAGCUUCACCACGCCUCCUUUCACCUUUCCGACUACGGAUUCUACUGACACGAGCAUGAAUGCCUGGAUGACCGAGAUCGACACUGCCAUUGACGGGUACGAUAUCUACUGCGAUCGUCUGAGCCACGCGGCCAUGGCGGGGAUGGGUCAUCUCGGCAGUGCCGGCGAAGCUGGACCACCAGGGGGAUUUGCGAGCAAUGACGGAACACAAAUUGGGACGGGGGUUCAAGACUGGGAUUGGGGGCUGAUGCUGUAA